AUGGAAAUAAGUAAGAAGAUGGAGAAUCUUGUGGCCAGGAUAGAGAAGGUGGCCGAGAAAAUUUUGCAAGUGAUAUUCGAAGAUUCUCCCCCAAAAGUUGCAGACUCUGUGUAUAUGAUUGGUGGGCAUGAACGUGGGACAGUUUGUUCUGUUUAUAAGCACUGCUCUGAUAAGACGUCAGGACAAUGUGCUAACUCUAUAAACUAUGAUGUGAUUAGAAUGGUGAUGAGGGGAAACCGAUACUCUCAUUGCUUGUGCUUGCAUCUAUGUGGCGGGUCUUCUGAGUUUCAGGUUUACUCUAAGAAAGGUUGGCUCUCUUUCUUUCCAGAAAAAGGAGCCCUUGUAAUCACCGCCGGAGACCAAACUCAGAUGUUGAGUGAUGGGCAGUACAAGCACGUGAUUGGAAGGCCAAUAUUUAAAGGGGAGAAAGAGGACUGCAUUUCAAUGGCUUUCCUCUAUUCACCGCCAAACAACAAGAGCAAUUUUCAAAACAGUGGGGAAAGAACUAUUUCACUGGGCUUGCAAGUCCUAUUGGCCAUGAUUUUGACCCUUGUGUGUCAUGUCCUGAUUUGUCUAAAAUUUUCUUUAUGUUGUCCUUGUUAUUGAAUGCAAAAUAUAAUUGUUAUA